AUGGACACUGUGGCUGCACCCAUGGUUCGUGGCGCCUACGCUGUCCUGGCCUUUGCUAGCAAGUCGGCACUGGCUGCGUUUGCGGCUGUCUUUCCGCCGACGACUGGUCUGGCUGAUCCUGCCACAGGAAAGCAAUAUCAUCCUGUUCUGCGACAUGCUCCCUUUCCUCAUGUUCCGUCUCAUACGCUGCCGCAUCAUGCUCCGCAACAGCUGGAUCCUGCUCUUACCGCGCAUCCGUUGUAUCAGGCCUGGGAGGAGAUGAAGGCCGAUCGCGCACAGAGGGCUGCUGCGGGAUCUGCUGCCUGUGAAGAGGCCCUGGCACGAGCCCGUGAGAAGCGUGCAAAUGCGGAUGAGCCGGUAGUCACCCCGCUCAUCGCCUUUCUUCGUGCCCGCAAGGACGCCGAGAUCAGCGACGGCUCAGCGUCGAUGUCGCAUCAGAAGCGGAAGCGGAACAAGAAGAACAGGAAGAACAAGAAGAACAAGAAGAACAAGAAGAACAAGAAGAACAAGAACACAAACGCAGAGACCAAGGCUGGCGCCAAUGCCGGCACGCCGUCCAACAUGCAGCCACAGAGUGGAGCUGCGCAACCGCCGGCCGACGGCGAUCCGCCGGCGCGCAAGCGCAAGCCGCGGAAGCGCAACCGCAACCGCAAGAAGAAGGCCAAGGCCGCUGCCGCUGCUUCCGCCGCUGCCGCCGGCGGUGCUGCCAGCUCUGCCCCUGCCACUGCCACUGGAGGUAGUGCCGAAGAAGAGAAACCGUAA